AGCAACCUGAGGAAUUAACGUUUGAAGAUGGGUGCUGCUGUACGCGUUUUUAUCAAAAUUUCCCUAGAAAUUCGCUGGAUAGAUGGAGUCAGCCACGUCGUUGACAUUAAAGAUCAUUGCGUUUGAUAUUGUGCCACCGCAUCAUUAAAUCAGCCCCUGAAAUGAGCAAAGACAUGGUUGAAUCUUAAGUUUGCAAACCAUGGAUCAACCAGCUACUGUCCAAUGUGACGGAUUUGACAACCUUUACAGUCGAGAUGACGAGCAAACUAACGACUUGCCAAAUGAAGAUGAAAGUGGUGUACUGUUUUACGUAAAUAAGGAUGGUUUCCCUAUCAAAAAGAAAACAUGGGAAAGGAUGUGGCAUCAUGUUGAGAAAAUACAUCCUAAGGGAAGUCAAAUGGUGCAGGGAAUAAGACAGUGCCAACACCUAGAAAAGGUAGGAUGCUGGAUAGCUAGCUGAAGGAGAUACAGUUAGCGGUUGUUUUCCCACAUGCAGACUACUCGCAGGAAAGGUGACUCUACCACACCAGAAACUUGUAUAAAAUCAAUGUGACAUGAGCGAAGCAGUCAGAGUCUAGUUGUUUACAAUUAAAAUUUGUCUUUGAGUUCGUAGCGCUAAAAUGUUUGAAAAUCCAGACGUUUUGGGACUACUGUCCCUUCAUCAGUGGAAGAUGCCGUUACAACGUUAAUUUUUAAAUGCAAAACUUUACAGCCGUGCGGCAUAAACAUUGACUUCAAUUUUAUUUGAGCGAACUCUUCCAGCGGGCACUUCAAAUGUUGCCACAUUUGAAUAAAAUGAUGCGCGCUCAGUGUAACGGCAUCUUCCACUGAUGAAGGGACAGUAGUCCCGAAACGUCUGGAUUUUCAAACAUUUUAGGAAGAUGCCGUUACACUGAGCCAAUAAAAUGUAGCAACAUUUGAAGCGCCCGCUGGAAGAGUUCGCUCAUGUAAAAUUGAAGUCAAUGUUUAUGCCGCACGGCUAUAAAGUUUUGCAUUUAAAAAUUAACGUUGUAACGGCAUUUUCCACUGAUGAAGGGACAGUAGUCCCGAAAUGUCUGGAUUUUCAAACAUUUUAGCGCUACGAACACAAAGACAAAUUUUAAUUGUAAUCAACUAAUCAGUGCUACUCAGUUCCUAACCAUGUUUAGAGUCUAGUUGUGUUAGGGAGUGAUCAUUAAUUUCUAUUACAUCGCAGAGGGGGGGGCAGGGGUUUUGGAAGGGAGUUACAAUCAUUGAACAGGCUUAAUUUUGUGUCCCUUCUUUUGACUUUGUUCUGCAGAACAGACUCCAGCAAUAACCCAAAAAAUUGGGAUUCCACCGUAUUUCAAUGUGUAGUUUUGUGGGGUACAUUUCUGCACAGCCCCAACCAUUUCAUUCAGCAAUCUCAUAUUUCACAGAAAUACUCAUUUAUAUGAAUAGAGUUGAAACAUGUAUGCACAUUAAAUUUAUAGGGCGGUGCAGAAAUCUUACCUUUUUUGGUUUAUGUGUCCUACCAUAAUAAUCAGUAGAAAUCAAUCAUUGAUUGCAAUGAAUAAAAUCAAUAAUCAAAUGGAUUAGUAUUGAUUGAUUUGGUUAAUCAAUGAAGAUCACUACUGGUAAUAUCUCACCAAGAUUUCUGAUAUCUAUAGAUAAUAGCAGAUUAUGAAAAAGCGAAAACCUCAUCUUAAAAGCAUUCAUUAGAACGUUAAAGCAACCACCCUGCAUAAUCACGCGUGAUUGUAAGAAGAUCUUUACUCAAAUCUCACAAGGUCCAACUUUUAAUAGCACUAAUCCAGUGUACUGACAGACAAUAACAGAUGACUUAAAAAAAAUGAUGGCUGUAAUAAGAUCUGCAGGAAUAGGGAAAAGUGGAUUGUGUCAGUGACCUGAUACAAAAUCAGGGGUUUCAGUAAAAAAUGAAGUAACCAGCAGGUUUGAAUAGAUUAACUGACUGUAUCAACAAGGGGCCAUUAGUCCCCUUUUUCUAGAGCGGGGAGGGGAUCUGGGGGCCUGCUUCCCCACAAAAUUUUGAAAUUUCAAAGCCCUAAAAUCCAAUUUUCAGCGUUCUGGGGACUAAAUUGAGGAUAAAAGAGCAUGUUUUUUUUCAUUCACCUUGUGAAUUAUCAUUUACACAAUCAGCUCUUACAACCAAUGAACAAUUGAUGAAAAGUAGAUUACCUAAUGUUUUUGGAAAAACAUUAACAUCAAUAACACUGCCUUUUACUCUUUUUGAAAGUCAUUACUGACAAGUACAUUGCCAUCCAUGACAAACAAAGUUUAUUUUUAACCCUCUAUGUGUUCAACGUCAAGACAAUGAAGUAUAUUUCUGCAUGAAUCUGUACCACCCUGCCCACUUUGCAGCCAUAAUAGUGUUCAUCUUCUUUUGAGAUGCUUCUGCUAAGAGAAUCUUUUGUUGAUGCACUCCAAGUGGAAUGCCUCGUCGUCAAGCUUUGUCUCGGUCAUGAUCUCAUCCAUUGUUUCUUGAAUGUCAGGAUGUCCUGAUAUUCAAGAAUAUGGCUGCAAAGAACGCAGGGUGCCCCGAAAAUAUGGAAGAUUAAAUUUGCUGUCAAUUUUAAUUAAGUGCAACCACUUCGUUAUGCACUUAGGGCUGUCACUUAUAAGAGAAUUGACUGUAUGUCUAAAAAGAUACAACUGUAUGAUAAUCUCAUUUCAUUAUUAUGUCUAAAUAUUAUGUUGGUAUGCAUUUAAAAAUUUAUGAUGAAAGAGGCCAACUUGACCAUCUUCAUACAUGUAAAUAUAUUUUGGCGUAAGGAAAAUAGAGUGAUGAACUAAGGUCAUACCAUUAUUAUUAUUCAUUAGCCAGAGUAGCUGUAGGCAAGUUAGACAAAGUGGUAGGCGAGAUAAUACAUACACAUGCAGGCAAUGAUUUACUUUCCAGUGAGUGAGCCCAUACAUGUAGAGAUAACCUGACCAUGGAGCUGCUGUGGGAGGUUACAAACAUUGUUGUUAACCCACAAAUUGCAGCUCAAUUUGUAAUGACAGUUCCUAAGAAGUCCUAAAACUAAUGUCAUUUUAUUUGUAGGUACCGUAUGUAGCAGCACCAGUGUUUACUGCAGUCAUGUCAGUGGAAGAGAAGCUGGGACUGAUUCAGAGCUAUUUACAGCAGCUACAGUAUCCUCUAAAGAAAACUUUAUUUGCCUGGCAGCCUAAUUCUGUUUUUCUAAAAAAAGAAUUGUUUUUGGAAACUUAGAUUUGUAUAUCAUAUUGGCAGUGUUCAAUCUAGAAAUUAUGGAAAGUGGGUCAAAUGUCCCACGUGACAUUUUAAAUUGGGUCAUUUCAAAAAUGGUCUGGGUCAAAUUAUUAUGAUAAUAAUAAACUUCGAAAAACUUGCAAUAUCCCUGUUAUGCUAUACACUACCAGUAUAUUUUUACAACUUUUUAGCAUUUUAAGUCAGUUUCAAUGUUUUCGAAUUUUUUAUCCCUAUUAUAGUUUUUAUGCUUUUCACAGUUUUGAUUUGCUUAUUGCAGUAACUGGAUACAGUCAAAUAAUUGUAAAGCCGAAAAAGACCAAUUAUGAAUAAAAGGAAACCAAAAAAUGCCUGUUUGACCAUUUUUACACUUCAUACUUUCUAAUCAGCGUUAACUAACAAGAACACACACAAGAACACACCCUGAACAAAGUCAACGAACGAAGCGUGAAUCGAUCGGCAACGUUGCAGAACGUUGUAGUAGUGUCCAGUCUCUCUCGGAAUUGGAACGCCUGACACAAAAAGUACUCGUACAAACGUAGUCUGAAACACCAGUCAUUUCGCGAUUUCGCGUGUUCAUAUAAGGCUAGUAAGCACACAUAUUUGUUUUUAAAUUUACUUUUAUUAUUGCCUGCUGCUUUGGAAGUACUUAUAUACGAGAAAACUUAUUUUGGGGGUUUUUGUUUGUUUUUUUUUGCGUCAGUAUGACCCCACGAUCAUUUCAUUUUGCGUCAGAAUAGAAUAUUCUGCGUAAAUGACGCAAAAACGCGGCCUAGAUUGAACACUGUAUUGGGAAAAUAUGGGAAAAGCUGCUGGUUAUUUUUUAAAACUGCCUGAAGAAAAAUUAAGCAUUAUUUUAGUUACAUAAAAAGCAGAUAUGGUAAAUUAUUUUACUGCUCUUAUUACCGGUACUCAGUUUUUGAAUAUAGAUGGCUAUGCCUGUUCUUAGUACUUACCCUGUUUUUCUCAAAAUAUGGUCUAAAGUAAAAUCUAAUGUAUUGUAGAAUGCCCUGUUUAAGAUUUAUACAUGUAUGAGCUACACAUACCCCAGUUAAGUCUAGAGAGCAGUAUCAUUUUCUAUGGUCCAGUAGGUUCUGAAGUAAUUUCUCAAUGAAGAAACAGAAAUAUUUAUGUGCAAAUGCUCCAAAAAAAGCCUUUGGUUUUUGUAUUCAUACAUGUAUCACUGCUAUUCCAGCAUUAUACAUUUUAAAUCAUUGAUUUUUCAAGUGGUACAUGUAGUGUGUUUACACUCAUGAUUUUCUCCUUGACACUGUGAUGCAGGUAUAACCAUACAGGGACUCAGUUUUUUGAAAUUAAAAAAUUGAGGCCACUCUCAGGGUAAUUGUAUUCUUGACUUCUUUUGCUUCAAGUCAAAAUUCUUGUGUUGACUGUACAAACUUGUAGCCAAAGAUCUUUAUUUCAGUACUGCAGGGCAUCAGCCACCUAGUGAAGAUCAUAGGUUUGGAUUAAUUGGCAUUUUAAUUGUCUGGCAGAAAAUUUAGCUGUCUCAGUAUCGUCUGAUUUUAAACUUGGCAUAUUAAAUUCUUUGUUACAGCAUUAGAACAAAAUUAGCAGCACCUUUCCUGAAAUUUUAAUAUUAUAAUAAUGAUGUUUAAAGGCGGGCACUUGCAUUAAAUGUCAUGAAUAAUGAUAGAAAUUUAUAUGUAUGUAUUUUGUUUAUUAGAUUAAUGGACACAGCAAGGGAAAUGAUAAAGGAGUCCUUACCUAUCAAAUGUCUGGAGGCUGUUAUUGUUGGAUUGUAUCCUUUACAAAAAGAAGCUAUUGCACUCAUUCUACAAUUACAUCUCCUACAGAAUAUAGGGUGUGUUGCUCACAAACCAAACCACUUUAUGAUCACUACUAAGAAACAGGAAGGACAAAAACAAGGAAGUUAAGACCAAGACCAAUACAUGCAUAGGAUCAAAUGCUGUGACUGCAGCCAGGCUAACCAUACUGCAGAUGAGAUCAGCAGGAACUCUGUGUGAGCAAGUCAGUGAAGAAUAAUAAUAUUGUUUCGACCUGGUGUGAUUACUGUGUCCUAUUUCCUACUUGUAUUUUGAGUAGGCUUAGUUCAAUAACAGAUACUCCUUAACCUAAUGAUUUAAGGUAUCUCACUUGUGGAUUUCAUGAAGUGCAGAGAUUUACCAUAAGCUUCAAAACUCAGUUCAAUGGACGCUACUAUAGGUAUUUUUAUAACUUACAUGUUACAUGUACUCUUACAGGGUAGUAGCUUAGUAUUAAUUCCUUGGAAAGCAUUAGGGCCAAAGCAUAUGCUCAGGUUUAUUAUAAAUAUUUUUGUCAGAAUUAUUAUUAGCAUGGAAUGCAUAUUUUUUUUAGCAAGGUAGAAACAUGAGUUGGUUAUAAAUAUAUCUGCAUGGUGUCCACAGUUACCUAGUAACAAACUGCAAGUAAACAAAACCACAGCAAACUUGGCCAUUUUUGCGGCUGUUUUAACUGUCAACAAGUGCCUUUGUUGAUGAAUUUUGAUGGCAGAAGUACUUAAAAGGGCAAAUAGAAGGGAUUUGGAGGAUUAGCUACAACAAUGGUACCAAUGGUAUAACCUUGAGUAAUGAUUUAUUUAAAUUUUUAAAACAACCACAAACAUAUCUAGUUGUACUUUAUCUGACAGAACUAUGCUCCUGAUAUAUGCCUGGGGCACUACACCAUUCUUCAAAUUGUCUUGAAUAUGCGAUAACAUCCCUUUUUAAACCAAGGACCCAAAAAAUACUUGCCCAAAUCCUUUGAUCAUCCCUGUCACUUUUAGAAGUGACAGAGUUAAAACUCUGGAGUAGUCCAAGCCUCCUGGGCUGUCAAGAACUACCAGUUCAAGGUGAUUAUCCUUGCACUGUAUCAGUGAUUAUCCUUAUCACUGUAUAGAUUUGGAAAAUGGCCAAAAAUGAGCAUGAGGCUGGGUGAUUUUAUGUGGGCAACAUUAAGCCUUAUUUUGAAGUCAUUAUAUAUCCUACUUUGAGUAUCAUAUUAAGUUUUAUACUGGUGACAUUAACCCUUAUUUUGAAAUCAUUAGCUUUCUCAUCACCCUUAUUUCAAAAUAAUUGGCUGAAACCUCUGUAUAACGAAGUCCUCGAUAUAUAAUGCAUGAUUAUCUUUACCCGAGUAACAGUAAAAUAUAUUAAAAAGAACCUCAAUAAAACAAAACCUCCUUUUAGCCAGUCCCUUGGCCCUUUGUUACAUCAAGGGUCCACUGUAUUGAAUACUGUACGGGAACACCAAUGCCUCUGAGGAGAAAGCAGUGAUGGAACAUGGCCCUGAAUUAUUUUAAUGACACAGUUCAUAACAAGGUUGUACAUGAAUCUGUUUGAUAGGCAUGUGGUUCUUGGGGUGCAUCAUAAUGGCAGGUUUGGAACUCUGGGACUAAGUAGGCGGGAGGACUUGAUGUUCAAGCCACUGAAAUUCAAGGUCAGUUACAAGCUUAAGGGUACUGGAAAAGGUUGGAGUGUAACCUUUGUAAAGACAUGGUAAUCUGAGUGUGGUGAUACUUUACAGGGUGAUGUAGAUUAUAAUAGUUGGCGGUGGUGAUGAGGAUGAUAAUGAUGAUGAAAGUUGGUAAAAUGAUGGUAAAAUAUAGAGUAAAGAUAAUCAAGAUGAUGCUGCUGGUGAUUACUCUUCCAGCAGAGGCUAGAUUUUUGCGGUGUGAGCUGGCGGGCAAAAAGCAGGCUCUCCCAUCAACCAUUUUAUUUUCUAUUGUGCAUGCGUGAGUUUUCUCAUGGAAUUCACUAGCAAAUGAAAUCAAUCGUAACAUCUUUCAUCAGAUUGCGUGAGUUUUGUGAAAAUCAUACUUGCAAACAACACUGCUCAUGCUAUUGUGAUGUACUGUUGUUUUUAUUUUCCUGAUUUUAGCUGCAAAUCUCCUGAAGGAAAAAACUCCACCUGUUUCCUUGGAUCAUCAUGCUUUUAGGAAAGCUUACGCUAAUAACUGCCACAACUAUAAUAAUUAUUAGAUUCCUGGCUUCUUUUUGGGGAGUUUUGUUCCUGAUUUUAAUUUGGUCACAAAUCUGCCAAGGGAAAAUAUGCCACCGAUUUCCUCGGAUUUUCUCCCUUUUAAGAAAGUUCGUGCUAAUAAACUAUAAGUAUUUAAGUCCUGUUUUUUUGUAGGGAGUACAUUACCCCAUUGUUAACAGUGGUUACAAUAAGAUUAAAAAUGGUUGUGAUGCGUUUGUGUUGACAUUAAUUGCAAUUGGGGGGUAGGUAGGAAGAUACAUGUAUCUGUAGUGAUUCAGAUACAUGUGGGUGGUUGUGAUGAAGAGGAGGGGAAAGAGUGUUGAUGAUCUUAGCAACCCUACUGAUGAUGGUAGAAAUAAUGUCAUCUAGUUUCUCCUCACAUUGUUAAUUUGUUUUUCAACAGAGCCUAUGGGACCUUCUCAAUGAUUUCACCAUGUCAUACAACAAUUGUACGUGUCAGCACCAAGUACUGUAAAUACUGACUAUUUUCUGUUUCUUAUUGGACAGCACAUAUUGAUGUUUUCUGUAGUUGUUAUAGUUACAUUGUGACUGUUGUAUCUUACUUCAGAUCAUCAUACUGUAAAGAAAAUCAAACUGAGUUUGCCAGUGGUUCAUGACAUACAUAGCUGUGAGAGAAUUCAGUGGAAGGUAAAACUAACAAAUCUCCUGGUGUUGUACUCCUUUUUAUAUGAGCCAUUUAUGUAUGUACCACCCUAAAGGGUAUUGUUUUUACGCCGUUUAGGUAUGAAAACGGGCUUUAGACUUUACUUUCACCAAUUUUGGUUUGGAAUUGGGUAUGGUUUCGAAAAAACUACGGGAUUUGUUGUUUCAAAAUUCCAAAUGAAUAAGAAAGAAAGAGUAAUAUGCGAAUGCGAAAUAGAUGUAAAGAAUGUUGGCGUUCUCAUCUAAGUAAAUUGAAGACACAAUUUCUUAGAUACCGGUAGCCUGCAGUGCCUGGCGUUUUCUUUGAGCGCGCAAUUUGCUCUCGAAAGCGCCAUGUUGAAACUUCCCGAAGAGAGGAGGAGAUGGGGCGAGUCAAAGAGAGCAGGGAGGGGGCGGGGAGAGAGAAGAGAAAAUUUUUUUUCUCCCCUCCCCCUCCCCCCUUUCCUUCUUUCGCCCUCGCACCUACCGUAAGGGUUACUAUUUCUACUCUCCCCAAUCUUCCACUGUCAUAAAAUCAAAGAUGGCGGCUACAACAAUAUUACGAACACGAACAAGGUUUCGCCCACCCAAAAUACGGCUGCACUGCAGGCUAUUUCUUAGAGGACGGAACAGAAAGCAGAUGUGGAAAAGGACACUUUUUGGUCUGAAAUACGGUCAGGGUUUUGGAAACAGAGCGGCACACCCCCACCAAGAAUUCCCAGGUGUACCCCCCAUCCGGGACAAAUCUACCACAAUUUUUCAUUUCCUUUAGUCUUAUACCUCACCCGUGUCGUCCUAGCGACAUGUAUGGUCAGCAAAUAUAGUUGUAGUUUACUGUUAGACUGCAUGGAACCCAUUCUUGUAUUUUGUGUUUGUAUUGUAGUAUCUGACUUUAAGCCCUCCCAAGACAUGUCAACUGGACAUGAAAAAGUUAUUGGACAAAUUCACAAGAGAGAUCAGAGUCGCGGUAAGAUGCAUGUGUUACGUGAAAUUCACUGGAUUUUAUGGUCCGUUUCAUCAUUAGUUCAUAUGCUAGGUACGCAGGCUAUGCGCUAGGUUUUUCCACACUUUUUGUUCAAUCAAAAUAUUUCGCCGUUUCUGAUUGGCUCCUAUCCCCCGGCUAAUUCUUCAUAACCAACUGGCGCUUACCAUAUUUGGAAAAUGCGAGCAAUAUGGCAUCGAUUCGAUGGUAAUGGAAACGAGUUUGACCCAUGGUAUGUUUGCCGGGAAACCAGGCUACUCGAGCAAUAGUGAACUUAACAAAAAAAUGGCGUUCUCGGCUAUCCGAAAACGUAAUAGCUGAAUUUCUGACUAAAAAAUAAACGAUAGAAAUGCCAGGAUACUUACUUCAUCCAGUUUUCGCCUUCGGCUCGCUACCUAAAGAGAAUGUUAUCAAAAUCACCAAAAGUUUAACUUCUGUAGCUUUCUGUAAUUGUAAAUUAUUUUUCUACAGUUUCAUCUCUAUCAGAUGAGUUCGCCAAGAAAAGCUGAUAAUCAAAGUGGCUUGACGCCAGAGAAAACUCGUGGUCCUGCCCAACUUUCACCGUAAGCUUUGAGUUCGCUUCUUCCUUAGUUAGGUAUAUUGUUUCAUCAUAUCACUGGCAGCUAAAGGACAGCAAACUUUUCCCUGGAAAAAGAGUGAAGCUUUUAUCUUAGUCCAGAGAGGGUUUCGAAAAAUACCUUUUAAGGUACAACGACAACAACAGAACAAAUAUUAAAUAUUUGUUCUGUUGUUGUCGUUGUGGUUGUUGUUACAUCAGUGCCAACAUCAGCUAAAACAUACUUGUCCUGUGUUCGUUGGUCAGAAGACUUGUUUCCGGAUUACUUAUAUUCACUGAACAAGCUACGUCGGCAAGCUAGACAUUCUGGAGUGGAAACUGAGCCUGCACGAAAAACAGCUGAUUAUGGUCAGCUUUUCGAAAAAGUGGCUAUUGAAAAUAACUCUCUUUCCAUUUUUACUUUUUUUUAAAUAUAUAUUUUGACCUAAAUGAACUCGAUAUGAACUCUCGAUUGCAAAUCAUCGUUACAAACUACGCCAUUCCUUUCUUUGGGUGACACGCGACGCCUAAGUAAGACUAAGACAGUUAUUUUUUGUCUUGUUUCCCCGAACAGACAGAAGGAUGAGAACAAACAAAGCAGCCCAUCAAAAGGUUACCAAUUGAGAGUCUGAUGCCGAAUGUUGUUGGCGAACAUCGCGAUUUUUUAAGGUGCCAGUCGAGAUCGUUACAGUCGUACAGCACUAACGUCUCUACAGUCACGCAUGUUGAUGGAAAUCAGUGGUGAUUGUUUGAUUAUCAGCACCAGGGGUAUCUAAAAAAGAACCGUCUAAAGUGACAUGUAACGAAAUAUGGGCCAUUGAAAUCACAGGAGAUGUGUUGUCAAGGAGCGCAAAUCGGAGACCUGCGCUACGUACAUUUAUCUUCGUGUGGCUUUCCGCAUGACUAAUAUGAAAGUGCAGUCCGUUUAAACCUGUAAUGUAGCUGAACAACGAUUUUUUAAGCCAGCAAACCUUUACUUUUUUAUUGUAGAUAUUACCGUUUGAAAUAAAUAACACUACCAGA